AUGCUCAUCAGGGACGCAUGGCUGAUGUGUACGCACGAGAUGCAGAAGCUAGGUGAGCUUGAACAGGUGAAACAGCAGUCAGAUGAGGCAGGUUUGAAGACGUUCAGCGGUUUGGCCUUUGCAUGUGGGACGCCACAGUCCCAACCAGAUGAUGCAGCCUUUGGAGCUUUUGCUGCAGGAGUUUUUGGGGUUCCACCUACACUAGGCCAAUUGUCCCAGUUGAGGAGGUUGCACUUCGAAGCUUGCACAAUAGUUUUCGCGACCUUGAAGAGCAAUGUGGCUGGCGAUUUGACCGAUGGGAUUCGAAAGCUGCCUCCAGCUGAAAAGCAGGCAAGGGCAAAGGAUCAGCAGACCAGACUGACUGGCAUUGCUCUGUCAGGCGAAAUGGAACCCAGUUAUGCUUUGGUGGACAAGUGCGCCAGCAUGAGGGAAACAGGGUCGCUUCUAUGGAUCCACCCUUCACAAUGCACAAAACGUGAACAAGAGGUACAGCAGACUUUGAAAGAAAAAUCUCAAGUGCUGAAGAUUGAGAACAUGACACUGAAAAUGGCCGCAGACACUGAGACCUUUGAAGCUGACCAUGGAACGGAAUUGAAACUUAUGUGGUGUUUUCAGAGACGUGGAUUGGCAUUUGACCAAGCAGCUCUGAUUUCUUGGGACAAGCAUGAGAGUUGGGUAUCAGCCAUGUUCCAGGCUUACUCUGCAGAGCCACCGCCUUCAUUUGCGAAGGUGACCAUGCCUCAAUUGUUGCGAGCCGACAAGGAGUUGUUUACGAUUCUAGCAAGGGAAGUGGAAUCCAUCCAGCCCGAUGGUGUAGGAAACCGACCGCUGGAUGACCAAAUUACAAGGUUGAAGACGGACCCAAGGGUGACCAUGCACUUGCUGCCAUUGCCUACAAAGGCGCAUUCGGUGGAGGCCUCCAACGCUGGCAAACCAGAAAGGUGGACACACCUUUCUGUCGUGCCGCCAACGCGGAGGAAACUGACUAGGCCACCAAGGAACUUGUUUGCAGAAGAUUGGUCAGCACGUGACUCUUUCGUGCUGGAGAACACCUCUAUUCGGAAAUGGCUCAAAAGAGCAAGUGAGUUGGCCAGCAAGGAGAAAGACUUGCACGACUCUUUGGACCCAGAAGUAGCAAGGGUCCUCAAGGGCAAGAGGCUUCUGGCGCUUGAGGAGAUCCUGAAUGACAUUGGUUUUCCUGAUCGACACCUGGUCAAGGAUAUUUGUGCGGUUUUCCGCAUCAUAGGCUGGUUGCGUGACUCAAUACUUUUUCCUCAUAGAUCGAAGCCACCCCAGUACUCAGUGGAUGCGCUCCUGCGUUUUUUGAAGGGCCUCAGCAGGAGCAUUUUCGAAUCAGUUAACUUUGAAGAAGCUAUUGACGCAUCAGUUGGCGUCUGGGAAGGCACAAUCAAAGAAAUAGAGAAAGGGUGGUUGGUCGAGGACGAAAAUCCAGACCUGGACAUGCUUGUGGUUGUCAGGCGUUUUGGCCUGAUGCAGAAAUCUAAGGUACGAGUCAUCGAUGACUUCAAGCAAUGUGGAGUCAAUGGUUCAACAGGCCUCCAAGAAAAAUACGUGCUGUACUCCAUGGACGCCAUUGCGGCCACUUUGGUCCGAGCGUUAUCAGUGGGGUUGCCUGAGGGCGGAACUUUGGGUGGCACUAUUAUUGCUUUGGUGGCGGCCUACCAGCAAUAUGCAAUCCACCCCACGGACCGUGAAAGAGUCCGCAUUUGUGUGAAGGAUGUAGAACAAGGCGUGGCCAAAGUGUACAAGAUCAGCGCGCUCCCCUUCGGAGCUUCGGGAAGCGCAGCUGGCUUCCUUCGCAUAUCGGCGGCCUUCGCCUGCAUUGGACAGGUAUGCCUGGGAUUUUGGUGGUCGAGUUUAUUCGGCGAUUUCCCUACCUGGACCACCACCUCGAUGGCGGCCCAAUGCAAGACUCAGGUGCACUUGUUGUUGUAUCUCUUAGGCAUUGAUUUCGCCCGAGAUGGAGACAAAGCAGGUGCCUUCGAGGAAACCUUCAAGGCAUUGGGUUUACUCAUUGACUUGACUAAUUUCUCAGCUGGAAAAAUUCGAAUCGGACAUACCGACAGCCGUAAACAAGAGCUGCUGGACCGGAUAGCAUCACACCUUGACCAAAAUUGUUUGAAACCAAAGGAUGCGGAAAAGCUCGGAGGUCGUCUGCAGUGGUAUGGCACCUUUCUGUUUGGGAGGUUUGCGAACUAUUCUAUGAGUGUGAUCAGCAGGGGAGCCACCUCUUGUUUUUUGGAUGGUAGCUUGGACCCGCAGCUCCAUCUAGCCUUGCAGUUUCCCAAAGAGCAUGUUUCCGUUUCAAAACCAGUGGAGCUGACCAAGUCAGCCGGAAAAACCUACUACAUUUUCACCGAUGGUGCGGUUGAAUCCACGGCAGAUGGGUUGCAAAUCGUGGCCUCAGUCGGGGGCAUCUUAUACAACAUCAAUGGCGAGGCCAAAGCCUUCUUCAGCGAGCGGGUCCCACAGCUGAUUUUGGACCUGUUCCUCCAGCGUGCCGGCCACCCUAUUUUCGAGGUUGAACUUCUGGCAGCGCGGGUUGCUGCACAUGUAUGGGCCCCGGCCAUCGCUAAGUCCUACGUGGUGUUUUACGUAGACAACGAAGCCGCAAGGUUUGGUUUGGAAGAGUGCCUUCGUAUUCAAACCCUGCUGACAAACCCAGUCGUUCGAAAUCCAGCAACUGUUGGACGUUGGUUCCGCUUUGGUUAA